AUGGAUGCUCCCUUUAGUAAUGAAAUUUGUUCUGUUAGUAAGACAAUCCUGUCCAUGCAUUCAACUUGCCAAAAGAAAGGGGUAUCCAAGUUCUACAAUGGCAAGUCCGGAUCUUUCGCAAAGCCUCCAGUUGCUGUGAUCCCAUCUCCCCCACCGGUGAAGGGCCUUCCGAAGCCAGAAACCCCAUCCCCCAGGAAGCGCAAAGGUCUUCUCCCGUUCAGUUUCAAGUGGGGCAAAGCACAGAGCAAAGAGGUGUACCCUGAAGAUGAUGUAGCGGACAGCCCCACGACUUGCAGGAGGAUGACAUUGUCUCCGGCCGCCACAAGCAGCUCAGGUAGCAACAGCGGCAGCGAUGAUGAAGCUCAGAAGCUGCCUUCCCGGCGCUCGCACAGGAAGCCUGGCAACGCCAUGGGUGCCUAUGCUUCCCCACCUGCUCCUCGUCCACCGAAGCUGCUGUUCCCGGCCCACACGAGAUCGCAAUCGAUGCUUGAGCUGCAGGACGUGUCGGAGUCGACCGCCAUGGUCUCCCCCAGGGACAAGCGCAGGAAGAACUAG